AUGAAUCAGACGUGCAACUCGACGCUCGAGGAGAUGAGGAUAAUGCCCGGCGACGAGGUCCUCAUCGUCGGCCCCCUCGACUUCCACGACCUCGCCCGUGUCAUUGCCGCCUCGUGCACCCUCAUCGCCGUCGUCAUGAGCCUCUACCUCGUCUCCAUGCACGCCCGCAACUACACGCAGCCUCGCGAACAGCGCCACAUCAUCCGCCUGCUCUUCAUGGUGCCCGUCUACGCCGUCUCGUCCUUUUGCCAGAUCCAGUGGUACUGGCACGCCAUCUACUUCCAGGUCAUCUCCGACUGCUACGAGGCAUUUGCCAUUGCCUCCUUCUUCGCCCUCUUCUGCCACUACGUUGCCCCCGACCUGCACUCCCAAAAGGCCUUUUUCCGCGAGAUGCGCCCCAUCAAGCCCUGGGUCAUGCCCGUCAACUGGUUCGCCGCCUGCUGCGGCCGCAACCGCGGCCCCUGGAGAACCCCCAAGAGCGGCCUGACCUGGUUUAACAUUAUCUGGAUCGGCAUCUACCACUACUGCUUCAUCCGCGUCGCAAUGACCAUCUCGGCCGUCGUCUUGCAGUAUUUCGAACGCUACUGCGAGAGCUCAAACCGCCCUGUCUUUGGACACAUCUGGAUCAUCACCAUCAACGCCCUCGCCGUCACCGUCGCCAUGUUUUGCCUCAUCCAGUUCUACGUCCAGCUGCGCGAGCCCCUGGCCGAGCACAGGGUCUUGCUCAAGAUUGUCGCCAUCAAGCUCGUCGUCUUCCUCUCCUUUUGGCAGGCCUCGGCCAUUUCAAUCGGCACCUCGACCCUCAACCUCGUUCAGCCCAACAAGGUACUCGCCUGGCCGGACCUCAAGGUCGGCAUCCCGGCCCUACUCCUCUGUAUUGAGAUGGCCUGCUUCGCCGUCCUGCAUCUCUGGGCCUUUCCCUACAGGCCCUACGUCCACGACGCCCCCGUCUCCUUCUACCCCAACCCCGACCCGGACAAGCCCACGCCGCCGAGGGUCAACGAGCGCUCGCCCCCAAGCGGCGGGCCCCUGGGCCUGCUCGCCAUUUUCGACGCGCUCAACCUGUGGGACUUUGUCAAGGCCUUUGGCCGAGGCAUGCGCUGGCUCAUGUGCGGGGUCAAGCGACGCAAGGAGGACAUUAGCUACAAGCUAGACCACAGCGAAGCGCUCGACAUGGCGACGCUGCCCGACGGCAAGGAUACCGCCUCCGCCUUCUCGGCCAUGCGGCCCGCCCCCGGCUUCGGCUCCGCAGCCCCGCCCGCCCCGCAGCCCGGCGUCGAGGAGAGCGCCGGGCUGAUGGAGUACGCCCAGCCACAUGCCGAGACCAACUCGUACGGCCCCUAUGCCACGCCGCAGCGGCCGACCAGACCGGGCCAGGGCCCUGGCGCGCAGACGGAUGCGCAGGCGAGGGUGGGCGAGGCACUAUGGGGGCCUCGAUAG